AUGAGUUGGAAAGAUGAAAUGAUGAACGCCAUGAAUGAAGAGUCCUUCUUUGACUGCCAUUUAAUUGGAAGUGACGGAGUGGAAGUUCCUUGCGUUAAGGUCUUUUUGGCAACGCAAAGCGAAUAUUUUAAAACGCUGCUUUUCGGGGAGUUCAAGGAACAAGAAAGUGGUCGUUGCAAUCUCAACUAUCCAUCCAACAUCAUUCGAGUUGUGGUGAAGUUUUGCCAUUCGGGCGAUAUGGAUCUGAACCUGAUCCUUGAUGCAGUUGGCCUAAGAGAGACUGAAAUUAAUCGUUUGGUAGAGCUACGAGAUGCUGGGAGAUACUUUCAGCUUGACGAAGUGGUAGCAGGUGCCGAGAAAGUGAUUGGGAAUGUUGUUUUUCGCAACCGUGAUGUUAAAUGCGCUUGUGUCGUGUUGGCAGAGCUGAUAUCCCGCGGAGAAGACGAAGGGCCCUUCUGGGAUGUAUUCUUUCGCUAUGUGAUUGAGAACCCGAUGCCGUGCUUUUGUCCCGAUUACAAGUUUCAGGGCUCUACGUCCGUCGCCUCAUUCCACCCAACACCACACUUGCUUGCUAGGGUGCUUGAAGGGAUCGACAACAACAAUGUCAUAGUCCAGUGCAUAAAGUCUUGGGCAACUCAGGAAACUAAUAUAUAUCGAACAAGCACUGAGACAGAGCAAGAGCCUCUCAAAGCCAUUUCCAAGCGAGUUGAUUUGAAAUCACUUUCCACCCUUCAGUUAUCAAAGAUACAACCGUGCUCAUUCUUUCCAGCUGAUCGAAUCCUGGAAGCCUUUGUCUAUCAUGGGAGUCUUUCUGAGGACCCUGUGCCGAUUUUGGACCUUACGUCUGUGAUCUAUGUUUCCCUUGCCGGUGAGGAGGGAUUGGAGGGAUUCUACCAGCCUCAUCCGUAUCGCGACAAUCACUUCUUCAAAAGGGGAGAACACGAAGGUGUCCUUUGCGAAUACGAGAUAUCUUUCAACCCUGUCGAUAAUAGGUGGUCAAUUUCAGUGUACACUGAGAAGAAACUGGGUCAUUCAGAGCACCUACUUCAGGCACGAAAGAGCAGUCUGCUUUAUCGGACCAGCACGUCCUCUUCCGAAGACGUUCCUUUCAACGACUGGGGAUGCCUCGAAGGUACCGAACCAGCACCUUUUGUGACAACUCUUUGUCGAUGGACAGUGCACAAAAGAUGCUCUAGUUUUCGUUUUGGGUCGGCUGACACGAUUCCAAAUGCGACAGAGCAUGCCUCCUCUGGUUCAUCUUUUGGUACAUCCUUCUUUGCUCCACCCUUUGUAAGAACGGGGCCUUCAGUGGCUGGUUUUGUUUUCAGUGCAGCGGCAGCGGCCCCGUUACCAAGCUACUCGUUUGGAAAUUAG